UGACUUGUCUUUAUCUGUGGCCUGUGGAUUGUUUAUAUGUUUAUAUGCGUUUCUAGAGCAACGUGACUUUUUGAGGUGUUUGAUCAAGAUUGAGUAAUAUCUGCUGAAAAUGAAAGUUGAGGAGGUGAAGAGUACGGUUAAAACUCAAAGGAUCAGCGCCCACAGCCACAUCAAGGGUUUGGGCCUGGAUGAAAAUGGGUUUGCCAUUCAACAGGCUGCCGGCUUGGUCGGCCAGGAACAAGCCCGAGAGGCCGCCGGUGUUGUCGUCGACAUGAUCAGAAGCAAAAAAAUGGCUGGCAGAGCAGUGCUGUUGGCAGGUCCUCCUGGUACUGGCAAAACAGCGAUAGCAUUGGCAAUAGCCCAGGAGCUGGGAAACAAAGUGCCCUUUUGUCCAAUGGUGGGAUCUGAAGUCUACAGUUCAGAGAUAAAGAAGACUGAGGUUUUAAUGGAGAACUUCCGGCGAGCCAUCGGGCUGAGAAUCCGAGAGACCAAAGAAGUGUACGAGGGCGAAGUUAGCGAGCUGACUCCCGUUGAGACUGAAAAUCCUGCCGGAGGCUACGGGAAAACAGUCAGCCAUCUGAUAAUCGGGCUACGCACUGCCAAAGGCAGCAAACAGCUGAAGUUGGAUCCAGCCAUCUACGAAGCCAUCCAAAAAGAGAAAGUGGAGGUGGGAGAUGUGAUCUACAUAGAGGCGACUAGUGGGGCUGUCAAGCGACAGGGCCGUUCAGAUGCAUAUGCAACGGAAUUCGACUUGGAGGCUGAAGAAUACGUGCCGUUACCCAAGGGGGACGUGCAUAAGAAAAAGGAAGUGGUUCAGGAUGUUACUCUGCAUGAUCUGGAUGCAGCCAAUGCCAAACCGCAGGGCGGGCAGGACGUUCUCUCAAUGAUGGGCCAGUUGUUGAAGCCAAAAAAGACGGAAAUUACCGACAAAUUAAGAAAGGAAAUCAACAAAAUAGUGGACAAGUACAUAGACCAGGGAAUAGCCGAGUUAGUGCCUGGUGUUCUGUUCAUUGACGAAGUUCACAUGCUGGACAUUGAAACGUUCACAUAUCUGCACAGAGCGCUGGAAAGCGCCAUCGCUCCUAUAGUGAUUUUUGCCACGAAUAGAGGCCGAUGUCUUAUCAGAGGCACUGACGACAUUUUCUCCCCUCAUGGAAUUCCCUUGGAUCUACUCGACCGAUUGCUGAUUAUUAGAACGGUGCCGUACGACCGGCCUGAUAUGGAGCAAAUUUUGAAAUUGCGCGCAAAAACUGAGGGCCUGGAAAUUGACGAUGACGCUUUGAUUUCGCUUGGGGCCGUCGGCGUUAAGGCCACUUUAAGAUAUGCAGUUCAACUGUUAACUCCUGCCCAUUUAACAGCUAAAAUCAAUGGCAGAUCCAACAUCACGCUGGUGGACGUUGAAGAAGUAUCUUCCUUAUUUUUAGACGCCAAGCAGUCUUCGAAAAUCCUUUCGGAUAAUAAGGAAAAGUUUAUGCAAUAAGUGUUUUCAAUGUUUAGGAGUUUUUCACCAUGUGCUGUAAUUGUAAGAACUGUUCGGGUUGGUGAUUAUAAUUACGUGAAGCCAAUUGGCUUUGGAGCUGAGAAA